UUUUUAUGUUUUUUAACCAGGAAAAGAACAUUUUUAAAGAAAACACAAGAGUCAACACUCAAAAUACCAGUCUCAGGUGCAAAUGUUAUGGCUUUAUCAACAGUAGUAGCCACUGGUCUAACUAACUCCCUUCUCUAUUCAUCUCGUCUCAGCCAUUCUCUUCCUUCACUCACUCUCUUCAACUUCGCUCGCUUUCCUCUCACUCGCCAACGCCGUGUCACCCCUCUCUUUUCCACCACCUCUCGCCGAAGCUUGAUAACAAUGGCGGCGAAGAAUACCGCACCUUACGGCUCUUGGAAAUCGCCGAUCACCGCCGAUGUUAUUGCCGGCGGUGAGAAACGUCUUGGUGGAGUCGCCGUCGACGGUCAUGGCCGCCUUAUUUUGCUUGAAUCUCGUCCUACUGAAGGAGGACGAGGUGUCCUCAUUAGAGAAGCUGAUAGUGACGAAAUGGCGCCAGUUGACAUCACUCCCAAAGAAUUUUCUGUUCGCUCGCGUGCUCAGGAAUAUGGAGGUGGUGCCUUUGCAGUUUCUGGAAAUAAAGUAGUAUUCUCGAAUAAUAAGGAUCAAAGACUCUAUCUGCAGUCAAUUGGUCCUGGAGAUUCUUCUCCGUCUCCGAUUACUCCAGAUUAUGGUGGGCCCACAAUUUGCUAUGCUGAUGGAGUGUUUGAUCCUCGUUUCCCUCGUUUUAUCACUGUAAUGGAAGAUCAACGUCUGAGUCACUCAAAUCCAGUCACCACAAUUGCAGCAAUUACCCUGGGAGAUCAUGAUGUUCAAGAACCUAAAAUAUUAAUUAGUGGGAAUGAUUUCUAUGCUUUCCCACGUGUGGAUUCCAAGGGGAAGCGAAUAGCUUGGAUUGAGUGGGGCCAUCCCAACAUGCCGUGGGACAGAUCAGAGCUUUGGGUUGGCUACAUAUCUGAAAAUGGAGAUGUCUACAAACGCAUAUGUGUCACUGGUGGGGAUGGCACCCUUGUUGAGUCUCCAACCGAGCCCAAGUGGACACCAGAAGGUGAUCUACUUUUCAUCACUGACAGGAAAAAUGGAUUUUGGAAUCUCUAUAAGUGGAUUGAAUCGAAAAAUGAGGUUAUUGCUCUUUGCACCAUGGAAGCUGAGUUCGCAAGGCCUUUGUGGGUUUUUGGCAUGAACUCUUAUGAAGUUGUAAACAGUCAUGAUCGAAAGAACUUAAUUGCUUGUAGUUAUAGGUUGAAAGGUAGAUCAUAUGUUGGAGUCCUUGACGAUGCUCAGAGCUCUUUGUCUCUUCUUGACAUCCCUUUCACAGAUAUAAGCAAUAUUACAUUAGGUCCCAAUUGCUUGUAUAUUGAGGGUGGAUCUGCUUCGCUUCCACUAUCGGUGGCUAAGGUGUCCUUAGAUGAUCAGAAACGAAAAGCAGUAGAUUUUAGCAUUAUGUGGUCCUCAUCACCAGGAAGUUUGAAAUAUGACUCAUAUUUUAGCUUACCAGAGUUGAUUGAAUUCCCUACUGGGAUAAUGGGACAAACUGCUUAUGCAUACUUCUAUCCUCCCACAAACCCUGCACAUCAAGCUGUAGGUGGGGAAAAACCUCCACUUUUGUUGAAAAGUCAUGGAGGACCCACUGCAGAGACUAGUGGAAUCCUUAAUCUUAGUAUACAGUACUGGACCAGCCGUGGCUGGGCAUUUGUGGAUGUUAAUUAUGGUGGAAGUACAGGCUAUGGAAGAGAAUACCGAGAGCGCUUGUUUAAUAACUGGGGCAUUGUUGAUGUUAAUGAUUGUUGCAGUUGUGCUAAAUUUCUGGUGGACAAUGGAAAGGUAGAUGGUGAUCGACUCUGUAUAACUGGGGGUUCUGCUGGUGGAUAUACAACAUUAGCUGCUCUUGCAUUUAAGGAGACUUUCAAAGCUGGGGCAUCAUUGUAUGGUGUAGCUGACUUAAACUUACUCAGAGCUGAAACACACAAAUUUGAAUCACGUUAUAUUGACAAUCUUGUUGGGGAUGAAAAAGCUUAUCAUGAGAGAUCACCCAUUAACUUCGUUGAUAAAUUUUCUUGUCCAAUUAUCCUUUUCCAGGGAUUGGAGGAUAAGGUUGUACCCCCUGAUCAAGCUCGAGCAAUCUACAAAGCAUUGAAGGAGAAGGGCUUGCCUGUUGCCCUUGUUGAGUAUGAAGGUGAACAACAUGGGUUUCGAAAGGCUGAAAACAUCAAGUUCACCCUUGAGCAACAGAUUGUCUUCUUUGCGCGCACAAUAGGAAACUUCAAAGUGGCUGAUGAUAUUACUCCAAUCAAGAUUGAUAACUUUGAUUGAUCACCAAUUGACACCCUAUUAUUGCACUUUUGGGGCCUAUUUGACUCAAUUAUGGCUUAUGCAGUGAUUAUGAUGAUCCCGUGAUAACAACUAUUGUUGAUGUUUACUUGCGUUGGCACAGUUUAUUGACACGAAUAGUCGAAUAGAUGCAUGAGUGUAUGACUCCAAAAGGUUGGCUAGACAGGCGUAUAUCUGUAAGGAGAAGUUUCCUUCCUUUUCUUUUGGGAGAUGGAAUUGUUAUACUGGAAAUGCUUCCCUUACUAAUCUAUGGUACUUUAGCGGAUGUAAUUGGAUGAUCAACUGAAGAUUUGCUUUCUGAUUCUACAGUUUAUGUUCUACUUCUGAUGCUUGUUUCUGGGUAUAUAUAUUUUACCAACUCAUAUGCAAUUAGAAAGAUACGAAGUACUAGUAUGUAGUACUCGUGUAACUUCACACUUAUAGAAUAUAAUCAGCGACAUAUGAUGUCCUGCUUCUCUAGUCCCGGGGACCUAUGAGUACAUGACUAUUAGAGCCCAUGAUGUGGGGAAA